AUGGAUCCACUGCCGCUGCUAGAAGAACUCGAAAAUGACAUGAAGGUGCUGAUCGCCGAGACAAGGAAAAAAAACGUGUGCAUAAAGGAGAAGACAGAAAUAUGCAUCAUCAAAAUUAAAAACUACAAUAGUAUUAUCAAAUCGAAUAAAAACCAACUGUUCAGCAGCUUCGAAUUCCCCAUAGACGAAAUAAUCGAAAUCGUUAACAUAGGAAUCCAGAUUAGUAGCCACAAAAUCUCCAACACCUGCUUGCUCAUAAUCAAGAGAGUCGUCUGUUACAUCCUCUACAUAAUAGACAACAGACACACCAUCAAAAAUUUUAAACACAUAAAUAUUCAGAAGCAGAUAGAAAAAAUUACCAACCAGUUAUUCGAUUUGACUUUCCUUGAAGAUAAAAAAAUUUUAAUUAAAAUUGUGCAAAUUAUAUUAGCCGCAUUUUCUCCCCAAUAUGUGGAGUACUACGACAAGGACAUUAUUAACACCUUGCUGAAAAUUUUGUUCUCCGUUUAUUAUUCGUCGUUAUAUGAUAGCAAUACCAUUUUGUACCAAACGUGUUGUGCUGCGUAUAAGCAGCUGCUCAAUUCGCUCAUUGAUGUGUGUAAUAGGGAGAGUAGCCUUGGGGCCACUCCGGGUGACAACUUAGGGAGUUACACGGGUGAGUCAAAGGAGAAGGAUAAAAAUGACACGGAAGGAAAACAAAACAGUGGUGAGCACAACCGUGUGCUGGAGGAGGACCACUCGACGGAAGUGAAGCACCUCUAUUUUGAAAAUUUCGAUUUGCCAUAUGAUACGGACAGCCCGAUAGAUCUCAUCUACAUAACGGAUCUGAAAAAUGAGAGUUUCAUGAAAAACAAAAAUAAAUUGCUUUCCCUAAUUCAUUACCUCUGUUACUGCUGUUUUGUUAAUAUUAGACUGAAGUAUAACUCUGUUGGGGUUUCUUCUCCCUGUGCGUAUGGAACCGCAACGGAGGAAAAACGAACAGAAGAGAGUGCUAAUGGCGCUGCUAAUAUAAGCCAAGAGCGCAGGCAAAAUUCGAACAUACCUCAAAUGGAUCAACCUGCCGGUAAGCCGCAAUCCGCACGAAGUAACGACCAAAAGGGUGCCGAUCAGCCACCGCCAAAUGGCACUAAUGGUACUCUCCAAGAAGAACCAAACGAUGACAAAAUUGUUACCACUAUAAAACAGACAAGUUAUUCAAAAGGCACUCUACAUUCGGGUAGCGGCAACGCCGACCCCCCUGUGGAGGAAAAACAUAACGCACAGGAGGAAGAAGCAGAUGAAGAAGAAGGAGAGAAAAAAAAAAAAAAGCCCAGUAAGGACGAAAGUGCGUACAUGUAUAGUGUGAAAAAUUCCAAUAUAAAAAAAUUCUUGAAAAUUUUAAAAAGCACAAAUGGGAAAAGCCAAACGGAUCACCAAAUAAACCAUGAUGAUGACGAAAAUGUGCAGCCAGACUCGUGUGAUCAAAGGACAGAAAUCCUGUCGACCUACAACAAGAAUAACCUAAUUUUGUCGCUGAACUUUUGCCUAGAUCUGCUGUAUAUAUUCCUCAACCACUAUGAGCACUUUUUAAAAAAUUUCGAUUUUUUCAAAUUAUUGAAAUUCGAAAUUAUAUACAUCAUACUGGUGUCUUUGAAGUAUAACCUACACAUAGACGUUUUCUAUCGAUGCCUCAAAAUUUUUGAGGUUAUCUGCCACAGAUAUUUUCAGUACUUCCUGGGCGAAAUAAAAUUCCUCUUCCUAAUCCUAAUUCAGCAUUUGUGCUUGACGCAACCCUUUUCAAAAUUGCUCAUCGUUUUGAAUUUUUUUUUCUAUCUCUUUGAUGACACACUGACUUUGUUUCAUUUGUACAAAUAUUUCAGCCAUGGGGGGGGAGCGGCCAAGGAGGGGGGAGCAGCAAAGGAGGGGGGAGAAGCAAAGGAGGGGGCAGCGGCAAAGGAGGGGGAAGCAGCUGAGGAGGGAGAAGUAACCAACGACGCCGUAACCAGCGGUGCCGAGGGCGCGAAGAAAAAAAAGAAAAAGAAAAAAAAAACGAAGAAGGGAUACAAUAAAGAGGGUGAGCAUCCACCUGCGGCCGCGCAAAACGUUCCUACCGAAAAACCGCCCAGUCAGAAACUCCCCGAUGGAGUAUGCAGCAAGUCCGAUGCGGAAAGCAAGGGGAGAAAAGCGGGGGAGCAGAACUCGCGCGAAACGAACCCAAAGCAGAGUGAUGUGCUGGGAGAGAACAGCUCUAUUGGGCAAGUGAAACACCACAGUGAUGACGACAACCUCCUGUUCAUCAAGGUCGUCGAAUACAUUAGCAAAAUUAUUCACGAAUUGCUUUUUUUGCAUUCGAUUGAUUUAACCAAAAUGUACGCCCAUUUGAAGGUGUUUAAGUAUGAUAGGAUAUACACGGGCGAGAAGAAAGUGGAGCAGCUUGUGGACAAGGGGCGCAGCGGCAGGGGCGAAAAGAAGGGCGCGCAGGGGGACCACACAGGAAGGAGCGAAGAAAGGGACGAAGAAGGACACAAGGAAAAGCACGAGAAAAACAUCAAGCGGAGUGACGGACAAAUAAAACCAAAGCAGCAGAACAAUGGGGAAGAGAACCAUGGGGAAGGGAACCCCGCGAAGGAAGCCCGAACCAGCCCCAACGAAAUGCCAUUCCGCAACUUUUUGAGCUACCCCCUAAUUUUACCCAACAGCUGCGAAAACCCGAGGGAAGAUUUCUACCUAUUCAAAUACUCAGCGGAGAAAAAAGUAAGCAGAACCCUGUUUGACGAUUUAUACUACAAAGACGCUGACGAAAUACGUCUGCUUGCGUCCACCGUUGACAGUAUUUUAUCCCUUGUGAAUUCUUUUUAUGUAAUUUUUUUAAACAUACUGAGAAUGUCCCUAAAUCAGUACUGCUUCGCGACGGUAGAUCUAAAUGAUGAGAGUGGAUUUGCUCUAAGUGAAUCAUCGGCGUGUGGCAGCAGGGUUGAGAGGAAGAAUGCAAAGAAGGAGGCAGUGGCACAAUUGUGCAGUGAGCGAGGGUAUGGUCUGCAGUCGGCCCCGAGGGCACAACCCUCCAGUGUCAUUAGUGGGAAGAACUCCUCCUUUGAUGACGAGCUGGAACGAAGGCUCGACUGCUACAAUGGGAACGCAGCCGAAGGCGCGGAUAGGUGUGCAGGAAGGGGGGGCGAUUUGUUUAGCGGUGUGUAUAGCGGUGUGUAUAGCGGUGUGAGUGUCGGUAUGAGCGGCGUGUAUACCAGCGCAUAUAGUUACAAUCCGCCAGUAGCCCGCGCCACCCCCGCGAACGAACGAAGCAAAAAAGGGGAAAAGAAUCCCCAAAGCAGCAAGCUUAUAAAUCCAAAUGACCAGUACCACGAGAGCAUGUCCCUAUUCUCUAACGUGUUCAAUUCCACGUGCAGAUAUUUCAUAUCGUCCCUCUGCCUAAUCUUCUCCUACACGAACAAGCUAGAUGUGUGCUUCUUCAGUGGGUUCCAGAAAAUAAUUUUCAUCAGCACUCAUUUGAAAAUAAAUAUUUGCACCAACGCCUGUCUGCAGACUUUGACAAAAUGCAGUAGUAUUUUUACCCUAGAGAAUUCGCCCUUCUUUUUGAAGAUUCUUAGAAAUUUCGAAAGGCAAGAAAGUAGGGGUGAAAACAACUCCGGUGUGAGGAAGAGCAAGGGGGCCAUCAAAAGUAUCAGUAAGGUCCCCAUGUUGUAUUCCUCUAAUGAGAGUAAAACGUCCCAUCGCAAAGGUAGCGAAGCAAGUGUGAAGGAUGGCAGCAAUGUUGUCCACACGGGUAAAGCUGCCACGCGUGCGAGUAACGACUUGGCGGAGGCUAAGCGGGAGUCAGGCAAAAGCCACGAUGGAGUGGAACCCACAAAUGUGAAAGAAUGCGUAGAAAAGGAGGACAAAAUGGGUGAUGUGCUGACCAAACAAAGGAGCGAAAGGAAUACUCCUAAUCGGGGGAAUCCACAAAAGAGGGAAAACAGUGACGAUGAUUCGGGCAACUGUUUUUACAACUUGAAGAGCGGAAAAAGUGAGAGAGGCGAGAACGCAAAUGUGGGUGAUGAGGACCAGCCAAACAUGGGCGCCGAACGGUGGAGGAAUUCCCCCCCAAGUGAAGCACAUUACAACGUUAGUAGUAGAACCUUGGAUGACGGGGAAGGCGCAGGAAGAGGCAAAAGAAAUAGUCAAAGGAGAGACACAGAUCAGAUAGUGGCGAAUAAAUCCAUCGCAAAAAAGACGAGCAUAGAAAGCGUCGAAUCCAAUUUUAUUAGCUACAAAUCGACUCUUAACGAAGAGCUUAUAAAAUAUUUUGAUGAGAUCAUUAGCAUCAUAUUGAAAGAGUCAUACUUCAUAAACAACGAUUUGAAUAACGUAAAAUAUAUUCUGUCGAUAAAGGCAGUCAUUAGCAUAUUCUUCAUUUAUGGGGACAACCUCCAUUUUGACAACUGGCUAAGGAUGAUUAACCUCUUCGUCGAAGUGAAUUACAUUUACAAGUACAUCUCCUCAAUAGAGAACAAAACGAUUGAAUUUUUGAACUUCCUUCAUCACAUUAACAAAAAUGAGGAAGAUUUUAUCUUUUCCCUAAGUAAGAGACUCAUGGACGCGGACAAAAAUACUUAUGUACAAAAUGUAAAUUCUAAGAGUGCCGAAUUUUGUUAUUUCAUUUUGAGGUUUAUUCAGAAGAAUCCGGUACUGUGUGCAGAAAUUACUGUCAUUUUUUCUUCAUUUUCUUACUUUUUUAAGAACACCAUAUUUUAUAAGCUUUCCACGUUGGUUAACAUUUUGAAUUCAAUUCAUUUUAUGAUAUUUAAUCAGUUUUUCAAGCAGAGGAAGGUGGGCCCCAAGGGGGGGGAGCCACCUCCCAAGUUAAGUCAUAAGGGUGGUAAGGCCCCUGGGGGGGGACACCAACUACCCAAAGAGAGUAAACAUAAUGGAGGUACACAUCCGAGUGGAAGGGACUCUAAAGGUAUGUCCACCACUCUGUUGAGCGGCCAUGUGGAAAGUGCCCAAAAGGGGGCUAACCACCAGGAUGGAAAUGAAAGCAGCGCCAGGUUAACGGAGCCCUCCAAGGAGGCAGCCUUACAUGCGGGAAGCUCCCUCGGAAGGGAAAAAAACGAAGAAGACACAACUCCCAGCAAUCGAGAAUACGCAAAGUUUAACAAACUAAAUAGGAAGAAAAAUAUAAUUGAAAAAUACAUCGAAUUUUUGCAAAAAAAUGAGAACAUUUUUGAAGUGUAUUAUUAUUACCUGUCCCACUUUGACCCCAUGUACACAACCUAUUUUGGCUUCUACACAGAUGUGUUCUUUUCGGCGAAGGGGGAGAAGCGGAAAGGGGUGGUUCAUUACGAACUGGCAAAGGAUAGACCAAUCAGCAGCGAAUGUGCAAAUUUACCAACACAGGGAGUUCCCACUGAAGUGAGAACUUUCUCAAAACAAAUGCAUGAUAAGCCGAGCGGCAAGGCAACCAAAGAGCACACCUACUACAUCGUACUGAAGAAAUUAGAAAAGUUUUGCAUCUUCGAAGAUUUCUACCCCCUACAUAUGAUAGAAAUGCUGUGCGUUAUUAACCUGGACAAGAUAAGAAGCAUUUACAACAACUGCUGCAUGAACAUAUUGCUGCUCUCCCUGUGCAAAAAUAAUGACAUCCAGAAAAAAAGCAUCGACACGUUGUUCAAUAUUAUAAAAGAGUCCGCUGUACAUUAUAAACACAAUUUUGAAAUUCAGUUUCUUCUGUUUAAGCCAUUUUUCCUCUUCCUAGUUAACCCGCAUGCAUGUUACCGAUCGUAUUUCAUUAGCUCCUUUUUAAAUUCCAUUAGAAAAAAUGCCUCCUUUUUUAACAAGGACAUGUGGCUGUUUAUUAUUUUUCUCCUCUACGUAUCAUUCCAGAAAGAGUUAAAAAAAAAGAGUUUAAAAAAUGACAACGGGGAUGAAGAGGAUAGCCAUCAAAUAAUGGAGGAAAAUAUAUCCAACAUAAACAACAUUUUUAACAUCCUGGAAAUUAUAAUUGUCGAUUAUAUUGAGGAAGUCCCUGUGUGUAAAAUUAUGGAAGUCGUCAUCCACAUGCUCAUCCUCUUUUCGUCCCUAAACGUUCUGAGCAAUAAUGUAUCCUUCAGGGCCAUUAAUUUCUCCUGGUCGAUCGUUGACUACAUCGUGGGGCGCUCUCACAUGCUGAAGGGGAAUGGAAAAAAGAAGAACCAUGGUGAAAUGGAAGGAGGGGAAAAAGGCACCCCCCAAGGGGAUCAACACAAAACAGGCCAAAACAAACUCCUUCACAUUUGCGCCAUAGAAAACAAGAAAAUUUACAUAUACGAAAAGGAAAUUAAAAUGAAAAACAUAAAAAUGAAAAGCUUUUUUAUCUUCAUUUUGAAUCAACUUAUGAAACUAUGCUUCGACGAAAGAAUAGAGGUUCGGAACUGCAGCAUCAAAACGAUCAUUAGUAUUCUCUCCACACACAUUUGCAAAUUCGACUUUUUCUUUUACAAAACGUCCAUCUGUUUGUUGCUUAAGCGGCUGAGCGUUAGGUAUUACUCCAAGUUGCAGGGGUAUUUCGAGAUGGAGUGUAGGAAUGAGCACCAGGUGGACCGCCAACUGGGUAAAUCUACCGGGGUGAACCACACCGCAGAUGUAAGCGGCUUCUACACGGAUAGCCAAAACAGUGGUGCUGCCCGAACGAGUGAAGAACCGGCGGAAGGAGGCAGAACCUCCCUGGGGGAACAGUUCAGGAAGAGCUUCGCAGACCUCACAGCAGAGGUGGAAGGACAGUUCGCAAAGAAGAAAAGGAAAAAAGGGGGGGAAAAAAUGAAGGAGCACCCCGAUUUGUUAAGCGAAAUUGAAAGGGGGGCCGGCAUCCCCAGCAGUAAUGGAAGCGGUGGCCGAAGCGGUGGCCGAAGCGGUGGCCGAAGCGGUGAACGAAGCGGUGAACGAAGCGGUGAACGGAGCGGUGAACGGAGCGGAGACCGGAGCGGAGACCGGAGCGGAGACCUGUACGACUAUGUAAACGAAAACUUCGGCAAAAUUAUCAUCCACCACUCGAGGGACAGCAAACUGAAGCAGUGGAUCGAAAGCUUCAUCCUAAUCAUAGAGGGGUGCAGUCGGAUCCUCCUCGAGCAAAGGAACUACAGAAAGUUUUACAUUUUCUAUGGCACCUUUGUGAACAUCCUGAGGACUACGCUGUUUGUGGAGUAUAGGAGUAAGAACAUGUUCGAGCUGCACAUUUCAAUUUUGCAAAUACUUAACAACAUUUUUAUGUCCAAGCUGACCUACUAUGAUGUGAGCCAUUUCACAAUGAAGAAUUCGCUAAGCAAUAGGAAUAGGUGCUCUGACCAUGUGAGCAUUUUCGAUAUAUGCCUUUUUUACAUUUACAAUUAUGCCAUCUGCACUGAUGAUCAGAAGAUUAAAGAUUUCAUUUUGAAGCUCCUUAUGGAAAAUCUGAAAAAUGUCUACUGUGACAAGUGGAUAUAUGUCCACUCGCUGAUGUAUUUGCAUUUGUUCCACUUAUUGUUUACGUCCAGCGUGGAGGUUGUGCUGAGCCCAGCGGAAGGGAAAAACUACUCCUUUUUGAACUAUGACUCUAUUUUGAAUGAGCUCUUUUUUGAUUACUUUAUCAGUGGGAGGGAGGCAAUCACACAUCAUGUGGGAAGCGACAUCAAUGGUGUGCCGAACGAGACGGGAAAUAACCCCCCCAAGUGCGCACAGAAGGAUGGACCCCAAGAGGAGGGAAAGAACUCCCCAAAGAGGCCCUCCUUCCUAAACAGCCACUUCACAUUUGAGUACAAAACGAAGGAAGCUUCGGUUGACCCGCUAAAUAUUUACAACAUACUAGAGAACAACAAAGGCGUAUAUAACGAAGGCGCCUUUGGAGAGAAGGCACAAAAGGGGAGUAAAGACAUAUACGCGGGAUUCUUAACUGGUCACUUAAAGAGCGAAAUUUUCACCAUCAUGAUGGACAUUUUUCAAACGCUAGAGUACGACAAAAUAAAUCUGCUAAUAAAUGAGGAACUGCUAAAGUGUGUAAAAUAUUUGCUACUAAGUUUGGCAGAAAAUGAAGAGAAAAAAUCCAUCCUCACCAAACUGCUUCACUUUAUCUUUGAUGAAAAAAUUCUGUUUAAUGAAAACUCAGAUGAAAUAAUUGAAAAGGUAGAACUGAAUGAUACCUAUAACAAACUCGAUAUGGACAUAAACACUAAGGAAGUGAAUGAUGAAAAUAAAGAGUGCAGCAGAUUAUUUACCCUAAAUUAUAAGAAGAUUUACCCUUUAAAUAAUUAUAUAGAAUAUUUCCAAACAUUUUCCAUAGGGCUAUUUAAUUAUUUCUCUCCCUUUUUGAUUUUCUACAUUCAUAACAAGUUCAAUUUAUUUCCCAACUAUAACGUCAAUAUAAUUUACUCCAUCAUACUGUGCAAUUUUAUGAGGCAAGAAUUUUAUAGCAUAUUUUAUCAGAAGGAAAAUUACUCCCUUGUGCUUUCCUUUGUUAAUAUGUUUCCGUACAUUAUUGCGGGUCAUGUGAAAUGCUUCUUGCAUAAUAUAAAUAACAACUCCUGCUUUGUCUUCUACGAAAGUAUUAUCAUCCUGCUGAAAAUUACCUACAAUAUGCUUCAAAUUUCGGGGAACAUCGCCCAGGAGGGGUUGCUCAAGUACUGGUGUGCGGUCAUUUUCUCCGUCGAAAAGAUUCUUUUCGUUAGUUGCAGCAACGACAAAAUUGACAUGCUGGACAUAAUGCUUAUAAAGUUCAUACGGAACCAUUACUUGGUGGCGAAUUCGAAGGCUCCACUGUUUAUAAAAAUAUACCUGACGAAGGUUAUAAGCGAACUGAACGAUAAGAAGCGAAGGGCCUUCUCGAGUUGGACGCUGCAGAUAUUGUUUGAGGAAUACGAAAAGAUGACCAAGGAGAAUUACAACGACAGCUACUACACCACUUUUAUGACAUUAGUCAUGCUAAAGAAAUGCGUGCUGACCCUGAGGAGCUUUUCAAGUGAAAAUAAUGAGAAUGCUGACGAAGUUUUGUUUAUCUUAUACGAAAUGAAGAAGUUGAAGUGUUACUACUCCUACAUCGACAUGAAGAGCAGUUCGAUACUGAAAUGCUCAGAGGACAAGGCGCACCUGUUCAUUUGCUACCCCUACCUGUUGGACUGCCUAAACACGGAAAAUACCAAAGUGUUCACCACGGUUAAAGAAUUACUGAAGCUUAUAUCAUACCCGCUGUGCUCUAACAAUUUUGGCUAA